AUGCACGCUUCCCAGGACACGGACCCGAUGUUGGACGUCGACAUCCUCGUCCUGCCGGACCUCAAGUCCAACUCAGACGUUUCCAAGAGCCCCAGCCAGCUGGCAACAGAAUUGCUCGAUCUGACCAGGGACACCAACAGCUCUUUGUACCAAAAACGGAUCUGCUCGAAAUGCACUCGCGCGUCUCUUCGCACCCUCUACGAAUUCUUCAACAGGCUCAAGUCGACCAUCCAGCAGCUUCAGGCGAGGACCCGAUGA